ACCUCGCCGGAAUAAGGGAAAAAGAUGUUGGAAUAUGAAUGGGGAAACCCCACAACGCUAAUAUUAUCGCGUGAAGACCCUAACCAAGAACCCGACCCAAAUCGUCAGAUUUUCGAUCACUAUGCUACAAACGUAGCGACCAGGCAGCAAUCUUUCAACGAAACUAUCCUUUCCCAUCAACACAACGCUGUUUUUGCAAACCAAAACCCAUUCCACAACCCUAACCAAGAUCAAACUCAUCAUGACACUCAUUCCCAACCCCACGCCAAUCUACACUCCCUAUACGACCCACGCACCUACUCCGGCGCAUCUGCUCACUCCACACCCCACGCUCCCCACCCUUCAUUGCUCUCUCUCAACCCUGUUUCCGGAACCGGAGAGUGUGGAGGCGGUUACUUUCUGGUUCCUAAGACCGAGCCAGUGUCUAGACCUGUUGACUUUAAUGCGAGGAUUGGUCUCAACUUAGGUGGCCGUACGUAUUUUUCAUCUACAGAGGAUGACUUUGUGAGCCGGCUUUAUCGCAGGUCUAGACCGGGAGAUCCCAGUUUGAUCAACUCCCCCAGAUGCCAAGCCGAGGGUUGCAAUGCUGAUCUUAGCAACGCCAAGCACUAUCGACGACAUAAAGUGUGCGAGUUCCAUUCAAAAGCCUCCACAGUCAUCGCCGCCGGCUUGACUCAACGAUUCUGCCAGCAGUGCAGCAGAUUCCAUCUCCUCUCAGAGUUCGACAACGGGAAGCGUAGCUGUCGAAAGAGAUUAGCAGGUCAUAAUCGUCGAAGGAGAAAAUCUCAACAACAGCAGCAGAACCAACAAGAACCCAAUAAUCAGGAAAACCAGGUGAAGCUUGAAAACGGUCGGAAUUCCUCUGAUAACCACCUAAUAGGGUCACCGCAGCCGUCGGAUGCUGGGGUUCAGUCUUCCUCAUCGGUAACAGAGGCAGUUUCGCCGCCGCGAAUGUCAUUGGAUUAUUUCAGGCAAAGUCCUUAUAAUGCAACGGUAUCUUCAUCAUCAUCAUCGCCACCAAGCACAUUUUUUUUCUCAAAUGGAUGAUUAGUACUAGUGAUAGGUGAGAUGCCAUU